UCAGUUUCAGGUCGAACGUGAAUCGUGGAGCACGCCAAAUGUACGUCCGGAAUUGUCUGCCGUUCCUCUGCAGCUAUUUGCUGAUCUCAUUGGCGGCCACAGCUACUACGGAUGAGGACGCGGAUGCUGAUGUGGAUAGUGGCUCAUCCCGAAUAGUGCUGGUCUCCAGCUUGGAAGGUCAUUGCCAGACGGAGGGCAAGGUGACCAGCUGCAGGGGCUUUGAGUUUGCGGGAGAGGACGAGAAGGCCACCUUUGAUCUGCCAACGGAGGUGCGGAUUGCCGAGGAUGGCACCACCUACGAAGUGGGCGAUGAGGAGCACUCGCGAACCCUGAUCUUCGAGAACUGCACCUUCACCAAUUUUCCCCUGCGCUUAUUUUACACACUAGAGGUCAGUGAGCUGGACAUGCGCGGCUGUGGCAUCCGCUUCAUUUACUGGGAGAACUUCUCCAUUGGUGCGGAUAAGCUGGUGAUUCUUCUGCUCAGCGAUAAUCACAUCGAAGUGCUGCCCACGAAAACCUUCAGGGGAGCAGGAAACUUGGAGUUUAUCUUCCUGAAUCGCAACAAACUAGGCAAACUGCAGGCGGGUGCGUUUGAUAAUCUCCUGAAAUUACAGUACCUGGAUCUCACAGAGAAUCGCCUGGAGGCUUUAGCCGCGGACGUAUUUGCCGGACUGAAGAGUCUGCGGCACGUGGGACUGGCCGGUAAUCAACUGACCACCAUUGAGAGCGAUUUAUUUGCCCACAAUCCGGACCUUUUGUCGGUCGCAAUGCAGAACAAUCGACUGCGAGAGGUGGGCGAGUAUGCCUUUCGAUCCCGCGGACGACACCAUCAGAUGCAGUAUGUGGAUCUAUCGAAUAACCCCGAGCUGGUCGUUCUACUGCUGAACAUUAACGCCACCAAUUUGACCGCUCGCAAUUGCUCGCUGGACCGUGUCAAUUUGUACGGAUCGGUGACGAAUGUCGAUCUGAGCGACAAUCGCGUGCGCGAGCUGUACUUUCCCGCCUCCGAGGCACUGGAGCAUUUGGUGCUGCGCAACAACUCGCUGGUUCAGCUGGCGUCGUUGAGCCGCGUGCCCAGACUCCGGCACCUGGAUGUGGCGGACAAUCCGAACCUGGGUCAGUUGCCCGACGGUUGGCGGACGCCACAUCUGGAGAUGCUGGUGCUGCGGAAUACGGGCCAGAUGGAACUGCCGCUGGAGGCGUUGCAGGGUAUGCAAAAUUUGCAGAAACUUGACAUAUCCGGCAAUAAUUUGACGGAAAUCGAUCCAUCCGCGUUCCCCACGCUCACGCAACUAACGCACUUCUAUAUUCAUGGAAAUAACUGGAACUGCUUCAGCCUGAGAAACAUAAUGGAUGUGCUCAUUCGUGCCAAUGGCAUUGCCUAUACCGUGGAUAACUACGAUCCCGAUUUUCCGGGGGAAUACUUUCACGGAAUAGCCUGCAUGUAUCGCUUGCCCGAAAAAGAGGGUGUGGACUCCUCCUCCUCUUCGGAAAUCUCCGCCAGCGUAGAGUCCUCGCCCAUAACAAGUAGUUCUGAUCCCAGCGAGGUGGACAAACUGCGCGAUGAACUGAAAGCAGUGGUGCAGCACUUUGAUUCCAAGUUCGAUUUGAUAUUCAGUAAACUGGCCCAAUUGAAUGAACAAAUUCAGGCCUUUGAAGUGCUCAACAAAACUGUUUGGAGUCAAGUGACCUUGUCCGUUUGAAGUUGUUAAAUAUGGCCCAUUUUUUAUGUGAUCACUACAUUUUCAAAGCUUUACAAUUAUAUGUAUACAUUAUAAUUAAUAUUUGAAGUAUUUCCUAAAGCUUCUUAAUUUUAAACAUAAAAUCUUUCGAUCCAAUAAAUAAAUCAUUUUUU